AAUGAUUUUGUGUAGAGAAAGUCAGCUAGUACUACUGUACUUUUAGCAGCUGACCAAAAAUUCUUAACUCCUUUUAUUCAAAGAAUUUUUUUUUCAGGCACUGAACAGAGUGUUCAGUCGUGCUGUUCAUCGUGUUCUCUCGAGGAUAUCCAAAAUUGCUAUUGAGGAUUUGGACAAUAAUAAUGUUCGGGUAAUCCUCACUUGCGAGUCGAGCACGGAUCGUUGCCAUCCUUUGUACAGUGGCAUUUCGUUUGGGAAGAAGGAGUCGGCAGCGUCUUUUCUUCGGUUUCUAGCUCGGAAUGUUCGCAGAGGAAUCAUUUUAGACUUAGAAGAUUACAGCAAUCAUCCCAAAAAUGAUUCUCUCAUACAAGCUUUGUCAACGUUUUCAAAAAUUGACACUAUUGUUUUCCGCGGUUCACAAUGUCUUUGCCAAGGAUGUUGUGCUCUAGUAGAAAAUGCUGGUCCCGAUGUCAAAAUCGUUGAAGAAGAUUACGCAGACAGCAGCGAGGAAGAGUCCAGCAAUGGUUACAUGUCGGGUGCUUUGAACAACUCGGAUCAAGAUGACUACGAUGAUCUCUAAGUUAGGCUAUGUUUUGUAGAAGAUUACGCAGACAGCAACGGGGAAGAGUCCAGCAAUGGUUAUAUGUCGGGUGCUUUGAAUAACUCGGAUCAAGAUGACUACGAUGAUCUCUAUUUUUCAGAUCUACGAGAUGUAGACGAUUAUUGA